UUGAGGCCAGGUCCGUGUGGUGGGGCUGCCUGUGGUGGGGGCUGCCUGUGGUGGGGGCUGCCUGUGGUGGGGCUGAUGCUUACUUGUUCAGAGAGGGAGAUUUCAUCAUAUCAUUGGCUGGUGUGGGUGAGGAUUACAUGAUGGUGACGCGUGUGAUGGUGACGGGUGUGAUGGUGACGGUGAUGGUGAUGGUGGUACAGGGGAGUCCAUUCCCCUCUGACCACUGGGGAAUGAACAUGACUACGCCUGAGUUAAUAGAAGCCAAUGGUUACCCCGUCGAGAUUCACCACCUCACUUCAGAAGACGGCUACAUUCUGGAACUACAUCGCAUCCCACACGGUAGAUCUGGACCCUCUGAGAACCGCCCCGUGGCUUACUUCGAGCAUUGCCUCCUCUGCUCCUCCUCCGACUACCUCAUGAAUGAACCUGAGAAGGCCAUAGGGUAUAUGAUGGCUGACGCUGGUUAUGACGUGUGGCUUUCUAACAUGAGAGGCAACACGUACUCAAGGAAUCACACGACACUCAAUCCAGAAGACGUCGAGUUUUGGAAAUUUUCGUGGGACGAGAUGGCACGUUACGAUGUCCCCGCUAGCAUCGACUACGUGUUAGGUGAGACGGGAGCCGAUGGAGUGUAUUACGUCGGCUGGAGUAUGGGAACGUCUGUAUUUUGGGCGCUAAUGAGUGAUAAGCCUGAGUAUAACGAUAAGAUUAAGGCAAUGGCAGCUAUGGCACCAGUGGCAUAUACAGAAAAUACGAAGGGCAUAAUGAGGGAAUUGGCACCAUUUUCUCAUGAUAUCGAUUUAAUGACGUCCUUGUUGGGAGUGGGAGAGGUCCUUCCCAGCAAUGAACUGAUGGACUAUAUGGCUGAGCAUUACUGCGCUGUGGAAGAUCAAUACGUUGAGGUCUGUUAUAAUUUCCUCUUCCUCCUGAGUGGUCCAGAUCCCGAUCAGAUUCCUAAGGAAUUCCUGCCGCUGAUCGUGUCCCAUAUGCCUGCUGGUACCUCAGUCCACACCAUCCUCCACUUUGAACAGCAGAUCCCCGCAAAGAAGUUUCAAAUGUACGACUUUGGUGCCAUUGGUAACCUGGAGCACUAUGAUCAGGACACACCUCCCAUCUACAACCUCAGCCGUGUUACUGCUCCCGUUGGCCUCUUCUGGGGGAACACAGAUUGGCUAGCUGAUCCCACGGACGUAGCAAGGCUGGCAUCUGAACUACCCAACGUGGCACUUAACUUCAACGUUAACAAGACGCAGUUUAACCACCUUGAUUUUGGCUGGGGUAUCGACGCAGACAAGUACGUUUACCAACACAUCCUUGAGUUCUUCGCCGGCUACUGAAGAAGGCGUAGGAGGAGGGACGAGAUAUAGUGACUCCCGUAUAGGCAGCGUGGUGAGGACCUGGCCAGACACAGAAGAGAAAUGAUGAUAAAUGAAUAAAGACGAAUAAAGAUGAAUAAGAAGA